AGAUAUCAAUGUUAGUUGAAUCGAGUUUAAAUUUAUAAACGCUAUUAAUUUCUAAGUGAUUAUGAAUAUUAUUAAAAAAUAAUAUUCUGCAGAGUUAUUUUUGAUACCGAUAAUUCCAAUAAUUUUUUUGGGUCGUAGUAUGUUGUCAGAGAAUGUGAUUCGAGAGUAUCAAAUUGUGUAAUUUGAAAAAAAUAGGAGUAUGACUUUAGGUAGAAAUUGAACGGUGUGUUAAGUUUUUAACUUCAAAGAUAUUUAUUUAAAUCGUUGAAAUGAACCCAACUAUUUCGACUUCUUUUGUGAAUAUCACUAAAACAAGGAUGAAGAAUGAAGAUAAUAAAAAAACAACUACCCCUAAAUUAAUAGAGAAUGGUGGCAAACUUGAUAUUCGUAAGGAAAAUAUGAAAGAUAUUCCAAAUAUUAUGGCAUCGAAUUAUACAGAACAACCUUCUUCUUCGACUGAAUGCAUUCAAAAUAGAUCACAUCGCCCAUCAAUUGUUUUUAAAAACACUAUAAGAAAACUUUUCAUCAAAUUACUACCAUCCUGUAAAUUUAAAAAUAAACUUCUAGAAAAUGAAGUGAGAUCCAAAAUAUCAAGUGACGAGUCUUUACUAAAAUUUUAUGACGACGUUACUAUUCAAACUAUAUCGCUAAAUUACGGCUAUACUAACGAUGAUAUAUCAAACGCUGAUGAAACACUAUCUAAUUUAUCAUUUAGUGAAGGAUCUAUUAUUGGGGAGGCGGAGCAUUCUACGUUGAACUCUUUAGAAAAUACCAUCCCUGAUCUACCUUAUGAUGCAAGUACUAGUUUAAACGAUAUCACUUGCGUAGAAUAUAAAAUAAAACAAGAUAUUAGAUCUCUCAAAGUGUUUGUGGCAGAAUUUAUUGACGAUAUCAUGAAUAUUAUAGAAGAAUCCCUUUUAGCUUCAGACAAUAAUAAAUCAAUUCAAAUUGAUAACGUAAUAAUUAAUAGAACAGAUAAGAAAAUGUUAUUGAAUGAUUGUCGUAGAAACAUUGAAACUGUAGCGGAAGAAUUAGAAACGAAUAUUAGAGGUAUAUUUAAAAAUAAGGAUGAUGCUUUCACAAACCAGCUAGAAAAUUUCAGAGACAAGUUGGCCAAGAAAAAUUUUAUAUAAUAGGCUGUUUUCGCCUAAUUGAUAGACGAUUGCUGAUUAUGCAGACAGAGUGAAGAAAUUCAACACUAAUGGUUCUUUUAGCUGACAAUAAAUAUGUUUGUGAAGGAAUCCCAUAUCUUAAUCGUGUGAUAUAUUUUCUGAUGGCAAUGUUAUGUAGUCUUUUUCGUUGAUUUUUGAGGAAAUAUUUUCAAUUUUUAAUAGUUAUACUUCAUGAAUAGUUAUACAAUAUUUACAUAACUGGUUAGAUAUACAUUUUAUAUUAUCAGUUUUAUAAUUAUUACCGAUUUUCGAACUCAAAUAAAAUAUCUGCUAGUGUGGAUACUUGAUUUGAUGUAGCAUCGGUAAAGAAAAAACAUAUUAUUUCGUAUAUUAUUUUAGUUUAGGUUUCUGUUGGAUUAUAAUUAUAUAUA